AUGCCGUCCGUUGCCCAAGUCAUCGAGCUGUUUGACCCCGUCGCAGUCAUUCUCCUGCUCACAACCGUGGUCGUCUUCGCAAUCCCCGUCUUCAUCCUCUUCCCGCCGAUACCAGUGGAACGCAGUGAUGCGCUGCAACAGACUCACUCCAAGGUCGGCAUCUCGCCAUCCCACAGCAACCUCCGGACUCAGACAUCGCCGGAUCACAACCACCAGCCGGGAAAGCCCGCCAGGAUACAAAGCUUAUUCAUCUAUCCGGUCAAGUCGUGCCGGGGCAUCGAGGUUGAACAGAGCAGAGUGUUGCCCAAGGGCCUCGAGUUUGACCGGUUGUUUGCUUUCGCACGGCAGAAGCCGGAGGCAAAAGAUGCUGUCGUGCCGUCUGGAGAAGGUGAAACCCAACGGGCGCGAUGGGAAGUUCUCACGCUGAGGCAAGUGCCGCUGCUCGCCAAUGUCCAGGUGGACUUGUGGCUUCCGGAUGCGAGCAGGACGAGCCGCCUGUUGGGCAGAGUUGGUGGCCGUUUCGUCGUCAUCAGGUUCCCCUGGAGGGACCCUGGCCUGAAAGGAGUGAUUCAAUGGAUAUCUGCCAAGCUGAGCCGCGGCCUCGGCGGGAUUCCGGAGAAGGAAUUUAUGCUGUCAAUUGACUUCCCUUCCCCGGAGGAGAUCAAAGCCGCGGGCUACUGCUACGAGGAUACACGGUUCUUCAGCAAGACCAUCCAGGCACUGAACCUCAGGAACGAGGUGCCGCCGGAGCUGGGUCUCUACCUGGGAGUAACUGCGCCAGUGAGCAUAUUCAUGAUAGACCCGGCCCGACGGAGGGAAGUCUUCAGGAACGCGCCGCGUAAGGAAGAUGCUGGUUACCAGCCUGUCAUUGACUUUCAGGAUGCAUAUCCACUACACCUUCUAAGCCUUACGAGCGUCCGUGCCUUGGAGUCGAAGGUGCAAAAGGACGAACAUCUAGAGUUCCUGGACGCGCGCCGCUUUCGCCCGAACAUCAUCGUAUCUGGCCUCAAGGAGUACGACGAGGACGAUUGGCGAAGCAUUGAAUUCUCCCGGCCCUUCCAGGCAGGCAAAACUGCCAAGGACUCGGAGUCGCCGUCGAGGUUCGACGUUUCUUGUCGCACAGUUCGGUGCAAAUUGCCCAACGUCGAUCCUGCCACGGGAAUCAAACACAAGGUGGAGCCCGACCAUUCGCUCAGGAAGUUUCGAAACAUUGACGAAGGCGCUCCGAAGAGCGGCUGCUUUGGCAUGCAGCUGUGUCCCAUCUUUCCCAAGACGAAGGCGAUGAGCGGUCCGGAAGAAGAGGAGGAGGAGGACUUGGCGCUGUCGCUCGAGGUGGGUAUGGAGCUUAAGGUUCUGCAACGGGGGCCACAUUUGGCUCUGUAG